UGUCUUCUUCAGUGAACAUGCAGCCGCGAGGGUGCCGGGGCACGAGUUGCAGGAAAGUCAAAGUGAUCGCGGACAAUCCGGUGGUUCGUUGGACGCCUUCUUCCGCCCUUUAAGGAGAUGCCAACAAUAAAAGGGAGUCAUGGUGCCGCCGCCCCCCCUCACCGACGGCUGCUACAAACCAACAGAUUUGGCCGCGGUCGGGACGUGGCUCGAAUCAAACCCAGAGAUCUUCGGCAAAUGGCUACGAGAAAACGCCUCGGACGGUUUACGGCAGAGGGCCCUGGAAGCCGUAACCACUUCCAAAGUGACGACCAUCUCGAGCACCAACGAGACGCACCAGACGCGAGCAACGUCGUACGACUCGACCCCAAAUAACCAAAUUGAAAUUUGGUACCCGCCGGUCGGGGGCGGUUCCUCCUCCUCCUCCUCCUCCGCCGCCGCCGCCGUCUCCGAUUGCAAUUUACAAAAUGUCCGUCCACGUGCCGCCGCCGGUUUCCGUCACACCGUGGAGGAGGAAUCGGAUCUUUUCAUGGAACUGAUCCGGGAUAUCGCGAACGAGUUGAACAUCGACGUCCUCUGCCACAAGAUCCUGAGGAACGUUUCGCUGUUGACCAACGCGGAUCGUGGCAGUUUGUUUCUGGCCAAAGGAUCGUGCGAGGGUCGUUAUUUGGUGUCGAAAUUUUUCGACGUACGAAACGACACGAGCUUCGACGAAGCGGUUCGGUUAGCACGGUCCGAAGAGAUCCGAAUACCGUUCGGGGUCGGGAUUGCCGGUACGGUGGCGCAGAAUAAGGUUAUGAUCAAUAUUAAAGAUGCUUACAAGGAUCCGCGUUUUAACAAUGAAAUCGACCUGAGGACCGGCUACAAGACGGACCUGAUCCUGUGCAUGCCCAUAUGCAACUACGAGGGCGACGUGAUCGGGGUCGCCCAAAUAAUCAACAAGACCGACGACUCGCCGGAGUUUUCCAAACAGGACGUGGAACUUUUCCAGCGUUAUUUGACGUUUUGCGGGAUCGGCAUCCAGAACGCGCAGCUCUUCGAGGUUUCCGUCCUGGAAUACAAGAGGAAUCAGAUCCUGCUCAAUCUAGCCCGCAGUAUAUUCGAGGAGCAAAACAAUCUGGAAUGUCUGGUUACGAAAAUAAUGAGGGAAGCCCAGGAUUUACUGAAAUGCGAACGAUGCGCGGUUUACCUUUUGGAUCUGGAUUGCUGCGAAGCGAAUCAUUUGCAACGCAUCGUGGAACGGCCUGGAAAAGCGAUCCAGAGGCACGCCCCUUUGAAUCGUAUGAUCAACGGCACGAUCACCGGCCAGGAUAUGAUCGAUAAUUUCUUUAAGAAACCAAGUCCGUUCACCACCAUUUUUGAAUUGCGAGAGGGAGGCACCAAGACGUUAGUUUCCAGACCUUCCUCGUUCGAUUUGGCGGGUUCCACACUGGCCCAGAUCGCGGGAUACGCCGCCUCCACCGGCCAAAUCCUGAAUAUCGGGGAUGUGGGCGCGUGGCUCUGCGAGAAACACGGCGAGGGGGAUGCGGAGACUGCGAUGACGAUCCUGUGUAUGCCCAUCAUUAACGGACAAAGGACUCUUAUAGGUGUGGCCCAAUUAAUAAAUAAAGAAAACGGAGCUCCGUUCACCGACUGCGAUGUAUCCCUGUUCGAGGCUUUUGCGAUAUUUUGCGGUUUGGGCAUCCACAACACGCAAAUGUACGAGAACGCCUGCAAACUUAUGGCGAAACAGAAGGUCGCUCUGGAGUGUCUGUCGUACCAUGCUACAGCCAGCAACGAUGCUACAACGAGGCUGUUGAAAGAGGAGAUUCCUUCAGCUGAGAGAUUCAAUCUGUACAGUUUCACAUUUAUCGAUUUCGAUUUGUCAGACGACGAAACUUGUAAAGCAACGAUCCGAAUGUUCCUGGAAUGCAAUUUGGUCCAGCAAUUCCACAUCCCUUACGAGGUGUUGUGCAGGUGGGUGUUGAGCGUUAAGAAAAACUACCGUCCGGUCAAGUAUCAUAAUUGGAGACACGCCCUUAAUGUCGCGCAGACCAUGUUCGCCAUGUUUAAAACUGGAAAAAUGGAAAGGUUUAUGAGCGACCUGGAGAUGUUGGGUCUCCUGGUGGCCUGUUUAUGCCACGAUCUGGAUCACAGAGGGACCAACAACGCUUUCCAGACGAAAACCGAAUCCCCGUUGGCCAUUUUGUAUUCGACCAGCACGAUGGAACACCACCACUUCGACCAGUGCGUCAUGAUCCUAAACACGGAUAGCAAUAAUAUUUUCCAAGCACUUUCGCCAGAUGAUUACAGGAGGGUGAUGAAACUGGUGGAAACCGCGAUAUUAUCGACUGAUUUAGCAAUGUAUUUUAAGAAGAGAAAUAAGUUUCUGGAACUUAUUGAUAAUGGAGAGUUUGACUGGCAAAGCGACGAUAAAAAAGACUUAUUAUCCGGUAUGAUGAUGACGGCAUGCGACGUAAGCGCGAUAGCGAAACCCUGGGAGGUGCAGCAUCGUAUAGCGAAACUGGUGGCCGACGAGUUUUUCGAUCAGGGAGAUUUAGAAAAAAUGCAAUUGAAAGAACAACCGAUCGCCAUGAUGGAUAGAGAGCGUAAAGACGAACUGCCCCAAAUGCAAGUCGGUUUCAUCGACGUGAUUUGUUUACCACUGUACAAAGUUUUAUCGGAAACAUUCCCAUGGAUGAAACCCCUGUAUCAGGGAACAGCGGAGAACCGGCAACACUGGCAGGAUUUAGCCGAAAAAGUCGAAAUGGGCCUCACCUGGAUCGACCACGAUACAAUCGAUAAGCCCGUGGAAGCGUUUAAAGAAUCCGAAGAGACCAAGGACAUUGAACUGACCGUGCAGACGCUACACACCGUCGCCGCCUCGACGCCCCCCGUAGAAAUCAAGAAAAGACACAAGAAAAUUUGUUGCAUGUUGUGACUAUCAGUUAUUCCUAGUUGGUUGUUUUGUUGUUGUUCUUGUUGUAAAUCCCCAUCUUCUACGAUCGAAUAUGUUUGAUUAAAUUGAAAAACGUGACGUAGAAGAGGUUUCGGGGAAUAAAGUUUAUGUUUUAUCAGAUUUUUAAUAAAGUUUGACAACACUGUUGAUUUUGUGAAGAAAAGAAUUUAAUACCUUAUAGUAAUGGUUUGCACUUGGAUUCAGUGGACUUUUUAAGAUCAUCCUCAGAAGUAUCACCUCACAAUUUUUUUUUAGUCCUGAAUCCUAAGUGUUUAUGACUCAAUAAUGAUAUUAAGAAAUAAUUUUUCUAGUGUGGUCUGAUAAAGAAAAAAGACAUUUUAUAAGAGCAAAUAUAACUUCGUCUAGUCGUUGGUAUAAUAAGGAUAUGUUAAGUUUUCGUAUUUAUUUUAACGUCACCUUUUUGUACAUUAUAUCAUAUACUAUAUAGUAGGUAUAGUCGAUGACCCAUUUUAUACUCUAAGAAUUAGGCCCCACCAUAAUGUAGAAUAACACCGGAUAUUAUUUUAAAUAUUGUCAGUAGCCAAAGAAAAACAUCAAAAAUAUGAUGAUAAUCAAAAUAAAAGCAAUAAGUUAAUGAAUUAUUAAACGCUACUAACACUCACAAACAUAGUUUACAUUCCAAGUAAUAAAUAGACGUAGAUUCUUCUAGUACACCCUAACCUGUACUGUAAUAGUGUAAUAAUUAUUGUAUAUGUAACGUUUCUAGUCACUCAAUCUGCUGAUUUUAUCAUUAGUGAAGACUAAUCAAAAAAAUGCGAAUGCAUGAUGAAUUUUUCCGAUUAGACUUCAUUAUUAUUUUACCAUACAGGGUGUUAACAAAAUACAAAUGAAAGUAUAUGCAAACACCCUGUACAUCUUUAGUUACCAUAAUCACACUGUCUUACAGUUGCUUAUUUGUCUUAACUAUUAACGUAGGGAGAGUCUUCAUAUUUUUUUAUUAAUAAACUUUGAUUAUAAAUCUAUAGCUACUAUACUGCAA